AUGAUGCCGGGCAUUUCCGCUCUCUCGGAGAGCGGAAUCGACGUGGAGGGCCUGACUCCGGAGCAGCUGCGCAUGCUCGCCGUCGACAUGCGCGACGCGGCGCUCACGGAGGGCGCGGAGGACGACGCGGAGCAGGCGGACCGCGCCCUCGCGUCGUUCGUUAAGACCAGCACGCUUGAAGCCGCCAGCAUGCUAGCUAACAGACGCACCACUGCCGCGGGGAAAACAGUAGGCGGAGGGGGAAGGACAGGCGGAAAGGGUGACGGAGCAGCAGCAGCCGCGGCAUCAGCUGCUGCGGCGGACCCUCCGUUACCGGUUUCAGCAACAAGCCCAUCCUCUAACCCGGCAGGCGAUGUUGCUGUUGCAUCUCCGUCCAAGCCUGCAGCAGCCAGGGUACUCGGUAAAACCGCCUCGGGUCAUGGCAGCAGCAGCAGCAGCAGCGGCGGCGGCGGGACCACCACCACGAGCGCCGGCAACGCUAGCAGCGCGAGCAGCGCGAGCGGAAGUAACAGCGGGUCGUUCCGGGAGCGAUUGGGCCUCGGCGGGCUCCAAAUUGCUGUGCCGGCUGAUGACGCCCUCGCUGCUGCCGCUACAGCCGCUACAGCCGCUACAGCCGCCGAUGCAGCUGCAGCGAGUUUGGUGUCGCCGGGUCGUGGCGCUGCUCGCGCUGCCGGCAGCAGCAGGAGCACGGGGACGGCAGCAGUGGGUGCAGGAGGGUCGGCGUCCUUGCACGGGCUGCCGUGCUACAUUCACUUCGCCAACCACCGCGUAGCAGCGACCAUAACGCUCUCGCCGGCCUGCAUUGACUUCGGCAUAGCGCCCUUCCGCAUCCGCCGCACCAACUUUGUCGACCUCUGGCGCGUGCCCGAGCGCCCCGUGCUCGUCACCACGCCCCGCACGCCCAAGACCCGUGCUGCCGCCGCUAAGGGGGGUGGGGUUGGUAAGCGGCCGAGUAAAUCCGCUUCUUCCACUCCUCGCACCCCCAACAAGAAUGUGUUUUCGAAAUUGGAUUUUCCGGGGUCGACCCAGCCAGCCAUAGAUGCUUCUGCUGCCGGAGGGGGAGGAGGAGCAGGAGAGGAAGGAGUGCUACUAGCGCCUGUGGGAGCAGCAUCAGAUGUGAAAUCCGACGACGGAUUACAUGCCUCUCCAAAUCACAACCUCACUGCUGCUGGUGCACCUGAUGCUGAUGCUGGCGUUGAUGGUAAGGGCGAUGCGGUGAGUGAGGGUGGUGGUGGUGGUGCUGUGAGCACGCUGUGUGCGCCUGUGGUGGUGCAGCCUCGCUACUCCACUGUGAUCUCCCCGGAAGAAUCUCCCCGUGCUGCUGCUCCCUCCAAGCACAGGCCACAGCAGCCGCAGCAGCAGCAGCAGCAUAAGUCGGAAGCAAGCGCAGAUGAAAACACUGCCACGCAUCCAUUUUCUGUGGUGGGCGGUGGGGAAACCGAAGUUGAUCCUUUGCUAGGUGCAGCAGCAGCAGCAUUAGCAGCUGCAACAGGGACCAGCGCAGGAGCACCUGAACGCCCUGGGGAAGAACAAGGGACUGGACCUCAGCAAGUGCAGCAGCAACAGCAGGAUGAAAGGAGUAAGCAUGCGAUGGUUCCGUUGAGUGUUGAGGAUGUGGCAGCAGUUGAGCUUGGGCUGGAAACAUGGGAGGUGGUGCUCCUAGAGAGGGAGGAGGAGAGGAAACUGAUAGCUGCAGCAGCAGCCGCCGCCGCAGCGGCAGCGGCAGCAGCAGCGGCAGGAGGAGGCGUGGGUGGUGUGGCAGAGACAGAGAAGGGGAGUGAGGUGGUAGAGGGCAGUCGGGAUAUCUGCAUGACCCCGCCUGCCAUCAUUGACGGGUGGACGCAGGGAGCAGAGGACCCUGCAGCUGCAGCAGCGCAGGAAGCCGAACUCAGCGACAUUCGCUCUGCUGCUGCCACCGCCGCUGCCGCUGCUGCUGGUGGUGCUGGCGGCAGCAAGGUAGGUGCUGCAGCAGCAGCGCUCAGUCCACGUGAGUUAGCAGAGGGCACUGGGAGGCACAGCAUCAGCUGCGAUGGCGACACCUCGUCUGCCUUCUCAGACUAUACAGAGGCCGAUGAGAGGCGGCGCCUGCUCACCAACCCGUUCCACUCCACCACCGACUCAUCAGCAACAGACCCCCCUGCUGCCGCACCCGGUGGGGCUGACUCAGAAGCAUCUGUUGCUACUGCUGGUGCGGGUGCUGGUUCUGCACGGAUUGCUGCCCCUGUAGGUUCCUCCACCACCCACACUGGCGUGUCGCCCACCUAUGGUGUAUCCACGGGGGACAUACCAGCCGCAGGGCUCAUGUCGUGGUCGUCUGCACUGCGCAGUGUGGUUCCCCGCAGCAGAACGUCCUUUGAUGCUACCUAUGUGCGUAUGGAGCCUCUGACGGCUGGAGGAGGAGGGGGAGGAGGGGGGGGUGCGGGAGGUGAGGGGGAUGGCGCUCGCCCACGUUCUGCUGCGUCUGGUGGAGGAGCAGGGUUUGUUCGCAGCAGCAGCGUGACAGGGCCUGGAGAGAACAAGGAUUGCUCCCCACUUCGCCACUCCCGCUCAUUCCCGCUCUCCCCGCCGUCGAUUCACCAGCCCGCAACUUUCCCCUCCCCCCUGCGCCCGAUCGCAUUUUUUCGUGAUCGUGUAUCUGCCCGUGUUCCCGUCGCUGCGGUCGUCCCUUUCUCUCCCGACAGGCGAACGCGCAACGUGCAGCAGCUCCUGGCUCUGCGCGAGUGUUGCCCCGUCGUCCGCCGCGCGCCCUGCAGCCCCUGGACCGACUCUCCGCGCACGCUGCCGCGGCCUGGCGGGACCGGCGCUACGAGCGGCAGGGGGGGCGGAGGUAGAGGCGGAGGUGGAGGCGGCGGCGAUAAGGGGGGUGGGCUCCGUGGGGGGGGAGCAGGGGGCUUAGGACGGGGUUCGGCGGAGGCAGAGGCGGAGCUUGCUGCUAGGGCUGAUACUGGCAAAGGAGCUGAACGGCAGGGCGAGGAAGGGGCAGAUGGCGUAGGUGCAGCAGCGGGUAGUGCGGGCGGGAGAGGUGGCAGCAGUCGGGUGAACGCUGCUGUUAUGCUGGCCCACUGGGUGGAGCGAGACUCUCUCAUCCGCUACUCGGCGCAGUACUGCCCUCUGCACCCUGCCCCGCGCUCCACCAUCGCCGCCGCUUUCAGCAGCGAUGGCGCCUCCCUGGCCUCCACACAUGGCGACCACACGGUGAAGAUCAUCAGCUGUGCUACCAGCAAGUGUCUGCGCACGCUCACAGGCCACCGCCGCACGCCCUGGGUGGUGAGGUACCAUCCGCGCACAGCGCAUGUGGUGGCGAGUGGCAGUCUGGACCACGAGGUGCGCCUGUGGGACACCGACACUGCCCACUGCAUCGCCUUCCACCCCUUCUAUCGCCCCAUUGCAUCGCUCGCCUUCCAUGCAUCUGGGGACCUGCUUGCAGUGGCGUCCGGCCACAAGCUGUACAUAUGGCAGUACACGCGCUCAGGCGAGGCAGCACAGCCGUGUGUGGUGCUGCGCACGCGCAGGUCACUGCGAGCCGUGCACUUCCACCCGCACGGCGCGCCUCUGCUACUCACCGCGGAGGUGAACGAUCUAGACUCAGCGGACUGCACGCCCACGGAGGCACUCUCAUCGGGCUAUGUGCACUACCCGCCGCCCUCCUUCCACUUCAACCCCGCCGCUGCUGACACCACCCUCGCCGCCUCCGCGGCCACUGCGGGGGUGACUCUCCCCGCCACGCCCCCCUUCCCCCUCGCUCAAUGGCAAAGCUGGUUCUGGAUGGCGGGCGCAGGGGAAGGGGGCGCGGGCGGGGCGGGGGGCGGGGCUGGGGGCGGGGGUGGGGGAGGGGCAAGAGGGAGGGGAGCGGGAGAGGCAGGAGGAGGUGGGCUGGGUGCGGAACCUGCGGGGGCAGCAGUGGGGGCGUUGGGGAGGGCACGAGGGACGGAGGGAAGUGGAAGGGGAGGGACGGGCGGGAAUGUGAGUGCGGUACAGGUGAAUGGGGAUGAUGCAGGAAGGCCUGGUGCAGGUGAUGGAAGUGGUGCUUCAGGGGAAGGGGGGGAGCAGGGUGGAAGGAGGGGAGACGGUGUAGGGAGAGGGAGGAGGGAGGAGAUAGUGGGGGAGGCGCGUGGGAGUGGGUGGCGUGGUAGUGCUGCUGAGGGCAGGGAUGAGGCUGAGGCUGCUGACGUGGCUGCGAACGUGGCAGCUGACGUGGCUGCUGAUGUGGCGGAGAGAGGAAGCGCAAGGGAUGUGGAUUCUGUGAGCGUUGUAAGGGAGGAAGUGGCGGGAGAGGCCGUUGCUGGUGAGGAUACUGCGGGAAUGGAUGCACGGGGGCAGAGGAAUCGGGAACAGCUAAGGGGAAGUAACAGGGAAGAAGGUGGGGAGGAGAUUGGAGGAGGAAGUGGAGCAGUGGAUGGGGAGGGUAGGGAGCGAGGGGUUGGGAGGGUGAGUGGGGACGGGGAGCAUGAAGCAGUCAGUGAGGGUGGGGCAUUAGUAGGUGCUUCUCAUGCUGCUCAUGCCCCGGCAACGGGACUAGAGGAGGCUGAAGGAGGCUUUAGGCCGAGCGCGCAGGAGGGGAGGGUGGAUGAGGUGAGGCAGUAUGGCACGGUGCCUGGAAGUGAACGGGGGGAGCAGCAGAGGGGGAGUGAUGGUGCUGAUGGUAAUGGUGUUGGUGGCGAUGCUGCUGCUGCUGCUGCUGGUGGUGGUGGUGGAGAGGGAGAAGUGGGCAACACAGCAGGUGAUACGCGUUUGAUCACAGAAACUGGGGGCGAUAGUGCUGGUGCAGCUCGGGAUGUGGAACGUGCACAGGCAGAGGACGGACAGGAGGUUAUGGCGGUGCAGCAGCAGCAGCAGCAGCAGCAGCUGCCACCGCCACAGCAGCGGCAAGCACAGCCGCUGCAGGUGCAACAGCCGCCGCAGCAGCAGCAACAAGCACAGCCGCCGCCGCCGCAGCAGCAGCAGCAUCAAGCUCAGCAGGCCCAGGCACAGCAGGCACAGCCCCAGGCGCAGCCGCAGGCGCAGCCGCAGCAGGUGCAGCGGUUUCCCCUGGCGCAGCUGCAGCACCCGCUGCUGCAGGCGAGUCAGCCGACGCCCGAGAUCCCGUGCACGGUGAAGCUCAAGGUGUGGCGGCACCACAUCAGCCGCCCCAGCAGCCCCCUCGACCCUGAAAGCUGCCGCCUCACUGUCCCGCACGCCGUGCUCUGCAGUGGGAUGCAAGGCCGGGGGUUUGGAGCAGCAGCGUCGGAACCAGCAGGAGCGACAGGGACGGCAGGACUGGCAGGAGGAGAAGGAGGGGCGGUAGGAGGUGACAGUGGGGCGGUUGUAGCAGGGGGGGGAGCAGCGGUAGCAGCAGGGGCGGCGGGUGGUGAUGGUGCGGUGCAUAGCAACAGCUCAGUGGCUGCUCGAAUGUCUCCAGGGGAACGACGGCGCAGCCCCUCCCCUCUGGAAGUGAACUCUGGCUGGCAGCACGGGCAGGCGCACGGGCAGGCGCACGGGCAGGCGCAGGGGCAGGGGGACACGCGCAUUGUGGGGACGGACGGUGCUGCUGCUGCUGCUAAUGUGGGUGCUGGUGGUGGUGUUGAAGCUGAGGUGCCAUCAGGGCUAGCAGGGGUGAGUGGGGCGGUGGGUUUGGCCGUGGGGGGGGGAAUGGGAGCUGUUACCACUGCCACGUCUCGACUCGCAGCCUGGGUGACGGGUAGAGGGGCUGCAGCUGCCGCCGCUGCUGCUGCUGCUGCUGCUGCUUCUGCUGCUUCUGCUGGCGCCGGCACUGCUGGGAACACAGCAGCAGUGGGCGGGAGGAUGGAGGGACCAUCUGUUACUGCGGCAGCAGGGGGAAACGACCUGGAUGCCCGGGGGGCAACUGGGGGAGGCGCAGCUGCGCAAGGAAGCAGGGGGGGGGCAGUGGGCGGGGGGGGAUCAGGGGGAGUGGGGGACAAUGCAAUACGGCGGUCAAGAGGAGGCACAGACGCAGGGGCUAGUGGAGCUGGCGGGAAUUUGGAGCAAGACGGGGCAGGGGGAAGGGGAGGGGGAGGGGCGGGAGCAGGGGGGGGUCGUGGUGGGGGCAGUGGAGGGGCGGGCAGCAGCAGCAGCAAUGCGGCAGUGGCACACCAGGUCAUCUAUGAGCUCAGGGUCUACUCCCUGGAGGAUGCCACGUACGUUGCCUCCCCUCCUGGCCCCGGCUCCUUGGCCUUGUCCGUUUCUCCCCACGCUUCUCUACAGCAUAGCUUCCCUCUUCCUUCCCCUCCCUUCUUUCCCUGUAAUUCCUUUUCUAGGCGCCUUAAAUGCCGACUCCUUAACCUAAUUUCCUUUUCUCCCCACGCUCUGCUGCACUUCAUUGCUCUUUCUCUCCCUUCUUUCCCCGUUAUGCCUUUCUCCCCCACGUCGUGCCAUCUGCUGCUGGCGUACGGGCGCCGCCACGGCUCGCUGCUGCGCAGUCUCGUGGCCGAUGGGGCCUCCAUCGUCCCCGUCUACACCAUCCUCGAGGUGUAUCGAGUCUCUGACAUGUCACUAGUGCAAAUUCUUGCCAGUGCGGAAGAUGAGGUCAACGUGGCUUGUUUCCAUCCUAAAGUCGGUGGGGGGCUGGUCUACGGCACCAAGGAGGGCAAGCUGCGAGUGUUACAGCAUAACCGUGCCGUGCCUCUCCAUCUGCCGCUUGGCAUUGCAGAAGACACCUCCUUUGGUGAGGAGCAGGAGAACCCUCAGCAGCCGCAGCCACCCACCCGGAGAUUCCCCAUCUUCUGA